GAAAGCUGCAGACCCCUUGAAUUGGUCUGACCGUGAGCUGGCCGACUCCCCCAAAAUUCCCCUCCUUUCCAGAGUAUAUCCGUGGUGCCUUCCUCGAUCCCAUUCUCCUCUCGACUUCCUCCGUACAGCUUAUCCGCCAAUGCGAUAAUACACCUCGCGUAGUGCAAGCUGCAACCAUGACCGAACAAAUGGGUACCCCUGGAUCGACCGCCGAUGUAUCUGCAAAUGGCAGCAAGAGCAGUGCUCCCAAGGACAAGGCGUGUCCGUUCUGCCACCAGCAAUUCACGUCUUCCUCCCUCGGACGUCAUCUCGACCUCUACAUAAAGGAGAAGAACCCCAAGCCGGCGGACGGGCUCCACGAUGUUGUCGAGAUCAGGAAAAUAAGGGGGGGUAUCACAAGGAGACAACCUAGGAAUUCGACAUCGAGGAGAGAGGAUUCUACACCGGCGGCUACGCCUGGGGCGCAGGAAAGGAGGAGUCCUCGUCCCGAGUCUGAUGGGCAAGGGAACAGAUCGCCGAGUUUGCGGCGGGAUGAUAAUGGAGUUAUUGACAGCGUCAAUUUCAGGGGGAAGCCAAGCAUGUUCAUAAAUAAGGGGACCUGGGAAUCGACGGGGGUCAUGAACAAUAUACCGGUUCCCCGGAGCAGUGAUUCUCGAAGUUGGGAUGGAGAAGACCGAGAUGGUGGCAGAAGAGCAGAAGCCAGGAGCCGGUCUGUUAGCAAGCAGAUGUUGGCCAAGACAACAUUUGAACAGAAGCAGAAGAUGAUUGAUGCGCUGGACAAUGCGAAAGCAGCUGAGUUGGCAUUGCGAGAGUUGUUGGGAUCUAUCAGAGCCGCCAAGCAACGAAUUGAAGGCCCCUCAAUAUUCGACUACGACCCUCUCUCGCUCGACUUUCCGGCCCUUACACUUCACUGCCUGCCCCCACCACCAACCUUAUUCCAAUCCACCCCCGUCCCAAACUCAACUUCCUGGUCCAUCCUGCCCCCAGAUGAACGCCAAUACCAAGCCCUGCGUGCCCACUUCGCCUCAGAAUUCAACCGCUGGCGUGUCUCUUGCCAAAUAGCCACCACCGUCCCACGAGAUGACCUUUCUUACCCACCACCCGCCUCCCUCUUCGGCCUCAAUUUCGACGACCCCUCCGAGCAGGCUCAACGCGCCAUAGCCUCGUCCACCGAGCUUGAAGCUAAAGUUUCCGAGCACGUACACAGCGUGUUCGCACACUGGACCUCUCUGGGUCCCUCGAAACGCUCCGAGAUCUGGACUCUGGAGCUCGCCCGCAGCGUGGGCAGAAAAUCAGAAGAAAAUCAAAAGAUAAAGAGGGAAAAGGAGUUUGCCAUCCAGGAGAUAGAGCAUCUGAAAUCUCAGGUAGAUGAGCUGAGCAGGUUGCAACAUCCAAGGGAGUUCAAGAUCAUGCCUCCGAGCACGGUGCCCAUUGACGGGGAUUUCAUGGCGCACCUCGCGCAGGUGGGCAUAACAGCUCCAAGCAUCGGCUUCAGCCCCAUGGAUCGCUCUGUCCAUUUGGACACCGCAAUCGAGAGGGCGAUAGGGAGAUGGAAAGUCGUCGUUCGGGAGACAAGAGGCGGUGGAGGAAUGGCUGGACAGAGGAGCCUGAGUGGCGAUUCAACUGCUUCGGCUUCCCUCCAUCCUCCACUCUCACUUCCAUCAGCGAAGAGCAUAUCCACACCAAUCUCUCCCGGGAAUAAUGCCAGCACAGUCGAAACGCCAACGAUAAACAUGAGCAUGGACCAACCGGAACGAACAAACUCUACGCUCACGGAUAACACGAUGGAUGCGGACGCCAUGGGCAGUGAUGCAGAUGCAGACGCUGAUGCGGAUAUGGAGGAAGACGAUUCUUUCGUCGAGAUGAGCGAUGCGCCGCAGUCGCAACUACCUGCAACGAACUUUAGGCUUGCUAAUGGGAAUACGAACUCGGGAGCGAAUGGUAAUGGAGGGAGUGGGAAUGGCAGUGGGAGUGGACAGCAAGCAAGCAGGAUGAAUGGGAUGGGAGAGGUGGUACAAGGGUAUGUGAGGAUUGGUGCUUAACGUUGUGGAGAGAAUAGUCCAGUGUACGAUUUAGAUAUGAGUUCACGUUUCUUGGUGCUCUCAAAGCAUUAGGUGGUAUGAAGGGAAUAUGUUGCCACUGCUUAUGUCUGGGUAUAGAUGUACAGAGCGAAUGUAUAAUAGACAUGGGGGGUAGGUCGUGGGCUCAGGAAUCAAAAUAUCAUCAUAC